AUGACAGUAUUUUUCCCUCAAGGUGUUAUAACACUAGCUGAGAUGCUGAUAUCCAUUAAACGCAUUCAGUCAUUUUUACUACAAGAUGAAAAGGACAAGCAUAAUAAUCAACUGUUAUUGAAAUCAGAAACAACAUCGACAAAUGGCGUAGAAAUGUCAUACAUUAAUAGUAAAAAUUGUAUAGAAAAUACAACUGAAAAUGAAGAAGGUAUCGACAAAUUGGAAAAUUUUGGAAUCGACAUUUUAAACGCCUCGGCCAAAUGGAUAGUUAAUCAACCAGAUAACUCUUUAAAUAAUAUUAAUUUAACCGUUAGACCUGGGAGGUUGGUUGCAAUCAUUGGGCCCGUAGGAGGCGGAAAAAGUUCAUUGAUUCAUGCGAUUUUACGAGAAUUGCCACUUUGCGAAGGUAGUAUUUCGGUGCGUGGCACAGUAUCUUACGCAUCUCAAGAACCUUGGUUAUUUAACGGUUCAGUUCAACAAAAUAUACUUUUCGGUUCGCCAAUGGAUCAUGAUCGUUACGAAGAAGUUAUAAAAGUAUGCGCAUUGAAAACCGAUUUUAAACAACUUCCUUAUGGUGACAGAUCUUUAGUAGGAGAAAGAGGAGUGUCUCUUAGUGGUGGUCAACGAGCGAGAGUAAAUCUAGCAAGAGCUGUAUAUAAACAAGCCGAUAUUUAUUUAUUGGACGACCCUUUGUCAGCUGUUGACACACACGUUGGAAAACAUUUAUUUGAAAAAUGUAUUAAGGGUUACCUCAAAGAGAAAACUUGUAUACUUAUUACUCACCAAAUACAAUACUUGUCAAGUGUUGAUCAAAUUAUUUUGAUGGAAAACGCAAAUAUAUUAGCCGAGGGUUCGUAUCAGGAACUUCAAUCUUCUGGCUUAGACUUUACAAAAUUACUUAAGUCAUCGGAGGAAACAACCACUGAUAGUGAAAUUAAUAUAAAAAAUGCAAUUAAUAACAGUUUAGAAAAACUUUCCGAUGUAUCUCUACGAGGGUCUAUUAUAAGUGUUGCGUCGUCUGUUGACGAGAACAAAUUAAACAUAGCUCAAAAACAACCCACCGUGGUGGCUGAAACAAGGUCAUCCGGAAACGUUUCACGCAGUGUUUAUUUGUCUUAUAUUUCUGCUGGAGGAAAUAUUUUUAAAAUAUCAUUUCUAUUAUUCGUGUGCAUUUUUACACAAGUUCUUGGUACUGGUGGAGAUUAUUGGAUAAGUUAUUGGGUUUAUCUGGAAGAUCACGUUUUUCCUAACGCAGAGAGUAAAUCUACAUAUAUAUCUAACUUUAUAACUCACUUAAUAUCCGAUACACCUUGGAUAAUAUCUCGCCAGUUUUGUGUUAUAAUGUACUCUAUUUUAAAUUUAACUUUGCUAGUAGUUAUUUUCAUAAGAUGUGCCACGUUUGUAUCAUUCCUAAUGGGCUCAUCUAUGAAUCUACAUAACAAUAUGUUUAACGCUAUCACAAGAGCCACAAUGUAUUUCUUCAAUACAAAUUCAUCGGGUCGAAUCCUUAACCGAUUCACUAAAGACAUUGGUGCUAUUGAUGAAGUAUUACAAUUGCCUUUAUUGGAUUUCGUUCACAUAGCAUUGAAACUUAUAGGGACUCUUUUUGUGGUUGGUAUAAUAAACAUUUAUCUUCUCAUACCAACUUUCAUCCUAGGUUUGAUGUGUUAUUAUACUGUUAACUUUUAUUUAUUGACAUCACGUAGUAUCAAACGUUUGGAAGGUGUUAGCCGAAGUCCCAUGUAUGGAUAUUUGAAUACAUCGCUUCAAGGAUUAUCUACUAUCCGAGCGUUUAAAGCCGAGGAUAUUUUAUGCAAAGAAUUCGAUGAACACCAAGAUUUACAUUCUUCGACUUGGUAUUUAUUUAUUACAUCAAGUGAAGCAUUGGGAUUUUCGUUGGACGUGAUCUGUUUCAUUUAUAUAUGUAUAUUAACUUUAAGUUUCUUAAUUUUAAAUAAUGAUUAUUUUGGGGGUGAUGUUGGAUUCGUUUUAACUCAAACAAUGAGUUUUACGGGCGCUCUCCAGUGGGGAAUAAGGCAAUUAGCAGAAAUAGAUAAUCAAAUGACGUCUGUCGAGAGAGUACUUGAGUAUACAAAUGUCCCACAGGAAGCUCCUCUCGAAUCUUCUCCGGAUAAAAAACCACCAAAAGAAUGGCCAGAUAAAGGUCAAAUCGUGUUUGAGAAUUUUUUUCUACGUUAUAGUUUAGACGUGGACCAUGUUUUGAAAAAUCUCAAUAUUGAAAUUCAGCCAUUGGAAAAAAUAGGAAUUGUUGGUCGAACUGGUGCAGGUAAAUCGUCGUUGAUAGGAGCGUUAUUUAGACUUUUUCUCAAUGAGGGAAAUAUCACCAUCGACGGUAUAGAAAUACAUGAAUUAGGAUUACACGAUUUACGUUCCAAAAUUUCAAUAAUUCCUCAAGAACCAGUUUUGUUUUCGGGAUCAAUGAGAAAAAACCUAGAUCCUUUAGACGAAUACCCAGAUCAUGCGCUUUGGAAUGCUUUAGAAGAAGUGGAACUUAAAACCGUCGUAGAGUUUUUGCCCGACGGUCUGAACUCAAAAAUGUCCGAAGGUGGGUCUAAUUUCAGUGUUGGUCAAAGGCAAUUAGUGUGUUUGGCUAGAGCUAUAUUACGUAGUAAUAAACUCCUCGUGCUGGAUGAAGCUACUGCCAAUGUCGAUUCACAUACCGAUGCUUUGAUUCAAAAUACGAUUAGAAAUAAAUUUCGAUCAUGUACAGUGUUAACGAUUGCUCACCGUUUGAACUCAGUUAUGGAUUCUGACAGAGUGCUUGUUAUGGACGCUGGAACAAUGGUCGAAUUUGACCACCCUUAUAACUUAUUGAAAAAUAAAGAUGGGUUUUUGUACAAAAUGGUAGAACAAACUGGAAACGAAACGUCUGAUUUGUUACAUAGUAUAGCAGCUGAGAGCUAUACGACCACGAAGAAUCAACAGUAA